UAAAAGAUGAGUAAGGUACACAAGAAGUGAUUUUUUUUCACAACCCCGAGCUCUGACUCCUCCUCUGGAGAUGGUGGGGUGGUUUUCAGAGCUGACAGACCCAGACAAAUAUACAAGAGAGAAGUUACUUCUGCUCAAACUCUCCAGUGCACUGCUCCAAACACCUCACCAGUGGUUUCCAUCGCAGAAGCAGAUAAACGCAUAUUCUGCUGGACCGGACACCUUCUGGAGAUAUUCAAGGGUGUCGCAAACAAAGAAAAUCCUCCUAAAUGCUGACAGAGCCUUGUGGCCCGAUGGGAUCGGACGUCAGAGACCUGAGCGCCCUGCUUCCAGCCGUCCCGAAUGCAAACUGUUCCCUGCCCAUCGGAGGAGCUCCGCAGUGGGGACCGAUGCUGGACUUUCACCCUGCCUCCCCGUACGGAUCUCUUCCCUCCCACUCCUUUAUCAAACAGGAGCCAGGCUGGGGUCCCACAGACCCUCACGAGGAUCCACACUGUGGUUUGGGGGCCUUCACCGUGCACUUUUCGGGGCAGCUCACAGGGAUGCAUGGCCCGUUUGCUGAUUCUCCGUCCAGCCAGAGCAGGAUGUUCUCCAGCGGGCCUUAUCUGCCCGGCUGCAUGGACAGCCCUCCUGCCCCGCGCACCCAGGGUUAUGGUACAGUAGCAUUAGAUGGAGCUCCCAGUUACGGACACACACCUGCUCACCACACUCCACCGUUCUCCAACGAUACCUUCAAACACGAGGACCCCAUGUCCUCCCAAAGCAGCAUGGGUGAGCAGCAGUACUCCGUCCCACCGCCUGUCUAUGGGUGCCACAGUCCUCCGGACAGUCUUUUGAGAAAUAGCUUCAACAGUGAUAAUCUCUACCAAAUGGCGUCUCAGUUGGAAUGUGUUACCUGGAAUCCUGUCAGCUCGCUUACACCCAGCAUAAAGAGUCACAGUGGCGGAUAUGAGGCCGAAGCGUCUGCAGGAGCUCCGCUGGUCUACAGAUGCAGCACUCAGUAUCACAUACACACACACAGCCUGUUCAGAGGAGUGCAGGAUGUGCGGAGUGUACCAGGCAUCACUCCCUCCAUUAAAUCAUCCGAGAGCAGUGAGAAACGGCCGUUCAUGUGUUCUUACCCCGGCUGCAGUAAGAGAUACUUCAAACUGUCCCACCUGCAGAUGCACGGCAGGAAACACACAGGUGAGAAGCCCUAUCAGUGUGACUACACAGGCUGCGGCCGCAGGUUUUCCAGAUCUGACCAGCUCAAGAGACACCAGCGCAGACACACAGGCGUCAAACCCUUUCAGUGUGAGACGUGUCAGAGAAAGUUUUCACGCUCGGACCAUCUUAAGACUCACACUCGGACUCAUACAGGUAAAACAAGUGAGAAGCCGUUCACGUGCCGCUGGCCCAGCUGUCAGAAGAAGUUCGCCCGCUCAGAUGAGCUGGUCAGACACCACAGCAUGCAUCAGAGAAACGUGAGCAAACUCCAGUCUGCUGUUUGAGACUCUGUAUAUAACACACACACACACAGAUGCUGAGACACUCUCAUCAGCCAAGACCUGGCAGUCGCUGAACUGAUAACAUGAAGUCACAGCACGAUGCUAAUUUACUACAUUAUAACAGCGUCCAUGUGAGAAGUAAAUGGUGCUGAAUGCAAAAAUAAAGUUAGUUUUAUUGUAUUUGACACGGAACACUGCCAUUUACUGAAGAAUGUGUCUGGAUCAUCUCAUUUUGUAAAUAAGAUUUGUGCUUCCAUUCGUAAUAGUCAUUUUUCACAUAUAUGGACGGUUGAUUGCACUGGGUAUGCUUUUUUUAUUUUUAUAAAUGGCGUGAUGUGCUGGGCCACUCUUUUGGAAAGUAGAUUGUGGAUGCUUGAGAAAUAGCAAACGUAAAAAUAAGAUGCACUGUGAUGCCUUUGUAUAUAUGAUUGUCAACUGACAGCAGUAUUUCUUAAAAUACCUUUUAUAAUAAAUGACAU